GAACAGGUUACAGGGGAAGAAGGAACCGAAGGUGGUUCGCGUUUCCUCCCGCGCUUAAAUUCUUUGGUUAGGCCGACCCGCGCGGCACGCGGUCCAUCUGGAGGAGCUGAGCGCCGAGCGCCGAGCCAGUCAGCUGUGUCGUACUUGCCCCCCCAAUGGCGGGUACACGCGUGUAGUCCCACGCGCGACGGUCCCCCGACUCCGCCACGUCCCGAGCUCUCGGAAGAAAAAACGACACGUCCCCCUUUGUUCGAAUCGAUAUUUCAUAACGCGUGCAUCGAGUACACGCUCGUACACAUCGCACGCCUCCGUCAGCGGCGGCGUGGCGGCCACGCACCAUCAUAUUCGAGAUUUUCACUUCGAACGGACGAAUGUUUACGUACUUAUAAACUCGCCAAGGUUGUUUAGAGUUUGAAGAUUCUCGCGGAGAGUGUCACCUUGCCGCGUAAAGUUACGAGUAGCGGGGAGAUUUAGAACGGCCGUGAGAUGUAUGUGUGUGUUUAUGGUAUACAGUGAGUGUACUUCUCUGUGAAAUUAGCAAGCUAUUGUCAUUACGAUCGAGUUAUCAAAGGGUUUGUGGAUCAAAGGGAAGGAUGUCACUAAAACCCAAGAGAGUGGAUUUUAAUAAAACAUGGCAUGUACUGCAAGAGACUAUCAAGGGAGUGAUAACGUUAGCAAAUAUCCCACGUGCUAUAUGGAACGAUAGAUUUAGUGAUGUUUAUUCUUUAUGCGUUGCAUAUCCCGAACCACUAGCAGACCGUUUGUAUGAUGAGACAAAGAGGUUUUUGGUUAACCAUGUAGACCAUUUGCUAGUACAGGUCAACUCGUAUAAUGACAAGUGGGAGCUGCUUCCAGCGUAUUAUCGCGCUUGGACAGAGUACUCGCAAGGCAUCGACUAUUUGCAUAGCUUGUACUUAUACCUUAAUCAACAACACAUCAAAAAGCAAAAGCUCUCUGAAGCAGAACUCAUCUAUGGCACGAGUUUACACAAUAGAGAAGAAGAGUGUCAAGAGCAAAUGGAGAUUGGUGAACUUGGUUUGGACAUUUGGAAGAAAAAGAUGAUAAUACCACUUAAGAAAAAACUAGUUUCUCUUCUACUUACGUGUAUCGACGCCGAUAGAGAUUCGAAAUUGCUUGCCCCGACGGAUGUUAUUUGUGGUGUCAUAGAAAGUUUUGUUCGGGUAGAAGAUCACAAGAUGAAGGGAAAAUUAAACUUGUAUCAAGAAAUUUUUGAGGAACCUUUUUUGGAGGCUAGCGGAGAAUUUUACACAGCGGAAGCGUCAUCGUUGUUGCAGCAAUCAGACGUUACGCGUUAUAUAGAAAAAGUAACAUGGAGACUUGCUCAAGAAGAGGCACGCGCUUAUAAGUUCCUUCACAAGAGUUCUGUAGCAAAAGUCAGAGCGUGUUGUGAAGAUAAAAUGGUAGCUGCACACGUAGAUUUACUGCAUUCAGAAGCAGAAAUGAUGAUAAAGAAUGAGAGCAGACGGGAUUUGGCUCUUCUUUAUCCAUUAUUGAGGUCUUUGCCAGGAGGUUUAGAUCCACUUGUGCAACAUCUUACUCGCCACAUUACACUGCAAGGAUUACAAGCAAUUGGACCUUUGCAAGGAGAAAAUGUAUACAUGCAGUUUGUGGAGAAUAUGUUAAAUGUACAUUCGAAAUAUUCUGAAAUGAUUAAAGAAGUGUUCAAUUCAGAUCAAAGUUUUGUAGGUGCUCUCGAUAAAGCUUGCUCCGCCAUCGUAAAUUACAGGCCCGCUCCGAAGCAGCCAGUUCGAGCACCAGAAUUGCUGGCGAGGUAUUGCGACAUCCUAUUGAAAAAGUCUCCCAGGGCUGCCUCCGAAAGCGAAAUCGAGGACAAACUGAAACGCUCCAUAACAGUGUUCAAGUACGUGGAUGAUAAGGAUGUGUUCCAAAAAUUCUAUUCACGUAUGUUGGCGAAGCGAUUAAUACAUCAGCAGUCGCAAUCGAUGGAUGCUGAGGAGAUGAUGAUCGAUGACCUGAAACGGGCGUGUGGUUACGAGUUUACGAAUAAGCUUCAUCGCAUGUUUACGGACAUGUCAGUCUCAGCAGAUCUCAACGCGAAGUUUAUCGCGACCUUACGGGAAGGCGACGGAGAGAAUCAAUUGGGUACCGGUUUCACAGUUAAAGUGUUGCAAGCUGGUGCUUGGCCACUUGGUCUACCACCUUCACCCGGCCCAUUCCAUGUUCCACAGCAACUGGAGAAAUCCGUCCAGGCUUUCGAGGCGUUCUAUCACAUGCAGUUUAGCGGUCGGAAGCUUACGUGGCUGCAUCAUCUGAGUCAAGGCGAGCUCAAAUUUAAUUAUUUGAAGAAACCGUAUUUGGUCACUGUGCAAACGUAUCAAAUGGCGUUGCUGUUGCUUUUCGAGCAUUGUGAUACGAUACCAUGUAAAGAAGCAGCUGCCUCGUUACGUCUAUCGCAUGACCAGCUAAUGAAGCAUGCCGCUAGCCUUGUGGAUUGUAAGAUCCUCACUAAGUCCAACGACGGCGAAUUGGAGGAGGAUACUAUUCUCACGCUCAAUUUUAGUUACUCCAACAAGAGAACCAAGUUUCGCGUGACAGGGGUGUUACAGCGAGACGCGCCACAGGAUGCGGAGGCCACACAUCGCAGUGUAGACGAAGAUAGGAAGAUGUUCUUGCAGGCGGCUAUAGUUCGUAUCAUGAAGAGUCGCAAGCUAUUAAAACACAAUCAGCUCAUACAGGAGGUGUUAAGUCAAUCAAAAGUUACUUUCGCACCUUCUAUCGGAAUGAUUAAAAAGUGCAUUGAAACUCUGAUAGAUAAACAGUAUAUCGAACGUACGCCAAAUAGCGCGGACGAGUACUCAUACAUUGCGUAACCUUUUAACGUCUGUCACUAAUUUAUUUCACUCGAGAUGCAUCCCAAACAGCGUUCUGUUAAAAGUUAAAGUUAAUAGAUCUCUCACCGACAAGGUUAUAUAAUAAAAACUUUAUUCGUUGUUCGACUAAUUACCUUCGAUGUUCAUUGAAAUUUUCGAGGAUAAUUAGUCAUAGAAAAAGAGAAAAAUACUAUUGAAAAAAGGAAAUGAGCUCUCAAAUGAUUUGAAAAAUCGGGAAAAGCAUCUUAGCUCGCUUAUUCGCUCCUAGGAUCAAUUAAUUAAUAAAUACCUUAAUUAAUUUACUGACUUGUAACAUAUGCACACUGAAUAAAAAGUUGACGUUACUAUUUUAUAUUGGAGUAACACGUCUCGC